CCUAAGUGGUCUAUAUAAACAGCAUGUACUGACCUAGACGAAUACCUUGAAUUGUGGGUAGCCUACUAGCUCUUCUGGAUUCUCAAUUCUACUUGGACACGAGGUGUAAUUUACUGAACAGAAGUUCUGACAGUGGUGCACUGCAAGAUAACAACCAGAGUAAACCCAUGAGCAACAAUAUGGAAAACAAAGUUAAAGAUGAUAACAACUACACUAAACUAAGUGAUGGAAAUCCAUCAGUGUAUCUUCUAAAUCUGAGGGACACAGGAAGAGGUGCUCUUCGCAAAAAAGACUUUGGACAUUCUUGUCAUUCUGCUCAAUCAAACAAAACCAUAAUGCUCAUGGGUGCCACUGGCUCUGGAAAGAGCACUCUCAUUAAUGGCAUGAUCAACUAUAUUCUGGGAGUGGAGUGGAGUGAUUCAUGUAGAUUUAAACUGAUAGAUGAGCAAACCAAUAAAACACAAGCCGAGAGCCAGACUUCAGACGUUACAGCAUAUCAAAUUCACUAUCAAAAUGGCUUCCAGGUUCACUAUUCACUCACAAUCAUAGACACACCAGGGUUUGGAGACACGAGGGGAAUCGCACAAGACAAGGAGAUCACUGAGAAAAUCAGAAAGUUCUUCUCUGCAAAAGAUGGCAUUGUUACUCUUGAUGCUGUUUGCUUUGUGGUACAGUCAGCUUUAGCUCGACUAACCCAUACACAGAAGUACAUUUUUGAAGCUAUUCUUUCAAUCUUUGGAAAAGACAUUGCAAACAAUAUCACAAUUAUGAUCACAUUUGCUGACGGGCAGAAACCUCCUGUACUAGAGGCCAUUAAUUCUGCUGAUAUCCCUUGUGGAAAAAAGGAAGAUGGAACACCCCUUCAUUUCAAAUUCAACAAUUCUGCACUUUUUGCUCAGAAUAGAGACUUGGAUGAUGAAGACAACUUUGAUGAAAUGUUCUGGAAAAUGGGCAAAGGAAGCAUGAAACGAUUCUUCAAUCACUUGGAGACAAUGGAGACCAAAAGUCUUCAGCUCACAAAAGAGGUUUUGUCUGAACGCAAAAACCUGGAGGCGGUUGUAGCUGGAGUGCAGCCACUCAUCCAAACUGGUUUGGAAAAACUUGAGGAAAUCAAAGUGACAGCAGCAGUACUGGAACAGAACCGGAAUGUCAUAAAGGCGAAUGAAAAUUUUGAAUAUGAGGUUGAAAUACCAAAGUCUAAGAAAAUUGACAUUGAAAGGGGAAAAUUUGUAACAAAUUGUCAUGGCUGCAACUUCACCUGCCAUUAUCCAUGUGUUUAUUCAAAUGAUAAAGAUAAAGAACGUUGUUCAGCAAUGAAAAAUGGCAACUGUACAGUGUGUCCUGGCCAUUGCAUGUGGAAUGUGCAUCACAACAUGUCAUUCAGAUUCGAAACUGAAACUGUAAAAGAGAAAAGGACAUACGCAAAUCUAAAAAAGCAAUAUGAAGAAGCUUUAGGGAAAAAUAUGACAAUAGAGAAAAUCAUCCAGCAGUUGCAAGAAGAAUAUAUUGAUGUACAAGAACAAGUCUUGAAGUUGAAUGAUAAACUUGCCAGAAGCUUGACACGUCUGAAGGCAAUUGCUCUCCGUCCUGACCCCUUGUCCACACCAGAAUACAUCGAACUGCUGAUUGAGUCUGAGAAGCAGGCGGCUAAAGAAGGGUACAAAAAGCGCAUUGCUGAGCUGGAGGAGAUCAAAAAACGUGCUUUGAUUGUGCAGAAGGUGGAGAGAGGAGAACCACUAGCUGCACAUGAGAAGAAAUGGAAGCCAAGGCAAAGUUUUGCUCAGACAUUUACUGGCUUGUUUAAUAAUGUGAAAACAUGGUUUUCUCCACAACUGGAAUUUUAGAACCUAGAAAAAAGCAUAGCCUUGGAGUGCUAGAGAACAUUAACAUAAAUGACUGUAUGCUGUACAUUAGGGUAAUAAAGUCAGAAAUCUUUUCUUUGUAUAUUUUUAGUAUGCUGAUUACUUUUGUUUUUGUUCAACAUAUUUUUUUUCUGCUUCACUGCAUGUUAUUAAAGCAUGGUCUCUGCUGCAGGCUCUAAAUGUAAAUGACUAAUAAAAAAGAUGAUACUGCAUUCUGAAUAUAACUUGCAUGUUUUGUGAAUUAAUAAAAUCUACAUUUUAAUCAA